AACGUAUAGCAAAACAAAAAAGCAAAUUAAAAAUAUGAAUCAACUUGCUUUUUUUGCCUUUUUAUAAAGUAACAAAAAACUAACAAUGGCUAAAGCUUCUUCAUUAACUGGAACAAUCUUAAAUAGAACUUGCCGUAAUAAUAAUUAUCCUAAAAGUGAUGUCAAACGUUUUCCCGUACCCGAUGAAUAUCUAAAAUGGUGUGUAUCUUACAACGAUUAUAAGCCUCCUACAUAUACGGCGCCGCAUAUAACAACUCAAGUAUGGGCUGACCCGGACAUAAAUGAUGCUAAUUUUAAACCGAAAUGGAAUCAAAUUGAUGGAAAUGUGAAUCGUGUCUCUUUUAAUGGAACAUAUGAAAUAGAUAGUAAUGGUUGUCCAGUCAAUCCUAUAGGACGUACUGGUUUAAGGGGUCGAGGUCUGCUGGGUCGUUGGGGACCGAAUCAUGCUGCCGACCCUAUAGUUACACGCUGGAAACGUGAUACAGAGGGAAAUAUUGUUAAGAGUGCUCAAAGUGAUAAAAAUAUUUUACAAAUGGUGGCCAUACAAAGACAUGAUAAUAAAAUGUGGGCUAUACCGGGCGGUAUGGUUGAUCCUGGUGAAAAAGUAAGCACUACCCUCAAAAGAGAAUUCAUAGAAGAAGCUUUAGAUUGUUCUGAUGAAAAGCUAAAGAUAGAGCAGUUUUUCGCUCAAGGUACAGAGGUAUACAAGGGUUAUGUCGAUGACUUUCGCAAUACGGACAAUGCUUGGAUGGAGACAGUGGCUUACAAUUUUCAUGAUGAUAGCGGAUCGCAAAUAGGUAAAAUACAACUUACCGCUGGAGAUGAUGCUGCUUCUGUCAGAUGGCUGGAUUUGGAUAAAAACUUGGAAUUGCACGCAAAUCACAUUGAUAUUUUGAAGAAAGUUAUUGAUAUGUUAAAAGCACACUGUUAAAUGCCGGACGUAUUUUCUUGUACCGUUAGUUUUGGCUCGCGCUUCUUUAUAAUCAGGGUUGUAUUUUUUUAUGCAGUGUUACCUAUCUUUAAUAUAAUAAAAAGUGUUAAAGUAAAUUAAUGUUUAGAAAAAUAUAUUUUAAUAUUUGCAAUCGGCUAAGAUGAAACUUUAUUAAAAACAAAUUAAAUAAAAUAAAAUAAUUUUAACAUCUUCUGAUAGCAAUAAUUUAUUUGCAGUAAAUGAGUUGAAUUUACAAAAAAAUUAUGUUUUUAAAUAUAAUAGUGUAUGUUUUUAAUAUAAAAAUUUAUAAAGAAAUGUAAAAAAUAUUUCAAAUAGUUAGAAAAGAAAGAAAAACAGAAAUAAAUCGAAAAUUAUAUAAAAAAUAUUUUGUAAAUCCCAUCCGUCACUUCACUUAAGUUUUCAUUAAAAUUGUUUUAGUAUUUUUAAAAAUUUUUAUGAUGAAUUAUAAAUUAUCGAAGCAUGAUGAAGUGCUUUAUAAAAUAAGGGAGAUAGUUUAUUCAGAACUACUAGACUUUUUCAUACCAUUGUCGACAUUCUUCACUAAAUACAACACUGUCUAGUAUUUAUGCAAAAUAACCAAUAACCAAUUGUUUGGCAACACUAUAUCCUUUGCACCGAAUACAUUCAUCCGCGUCGAAUGUUAUUAACAUUUUUUUAUAUUAUUCCAAUUCUAAAAUAGAUUAUAAAACAACACGCUGCAAAACAUUUGGUAUUAAAAUAGUGUAACUACAAAAGUAUUUAAUAUUAAUAGAUUUAUAAAAUAAAAAUUGUAAGCUAUUUACAAGUUUCAUCAAUAAAAAAAGAAAAAAGUUCACAGCCCUUGUUAUUUUUUCUUUUUGUUAUUUCAACGUACACAUACACAUUCAUACAUCGUUAUAAAUAUAGCGCUGCGCCAACAACGUUUUCGUUCUGCUUAUAAAGUUUUCUUUCGUAUUUAUUCAGUGUUUGACGACGGUGUGAAGAAGAAGUGUGUGUAGUAGAGUUUAACAAAAAUGGCAGACAUUGUGGAAAAGGAGGAGAAAACAAUUGCCGAAGAUUUGGUUGUAACCAAAUAUAAAUUGGCGGGUGAAAU